GUUCACGUGACACAGGAGCUGUUGACACAGAAGCGGCUAGCGCGCCCAGCCCAUUAGCGCGCCGGUCGCCACCUCCUCUUCAUUAUUUCUUCCCGCACCACCACCCGCAAUCCACACCCAUCAAACAACAACUGCCGACUCACGAUCAACAUGUCGUGGCGCAAUCAAGGCAUCACCGGCUCGAACAACAUCCCGCUCGGCACUCGUCGACGGUUCGGCGGCGACAACGCUGACGAUGGAGGCUACAAUCCUGCAGAGCCAGCCACGGGCUUGUCCGAGCUGAAGCGCGGGCGCAGCCCAACGCGAGACGCCGAUGGCCCUAGGCGACGCAAGAAGCGCAACCGAUGGGGCGACGCGAGCGAGAACAAGGCCGCUGGCCUGAUGGGUUUGCCCACGGCCAUCUACGCCGCCAUGACCACAGAGCAGCUUGACGCGUACACGUUGCAUCUGCGCAUCGAGGAGAUUACCCAGAAGCUGAAGAUUAACGAUGUCGUGCCAGCCGAUGGGGACAGGUCUCCUUCUCCUCCACCGCAGUACGAUAACUACGGCCGCCGUGUCAACACGCGCGAGUUCCGCUACCGCAAGCGCCUCGAAGACGAGCGCCACAAGCUCGUGGAGAAGGCCAUGAAGACGCUCCCUAACUAUCACCCACCGGCGGACUAUAGGCGCCCUACUAAGACACAGGAGAAAGUCUAUGUGCCAGUCAAUGACUACCCGGAGAUCAACUUCAGUACGAUACUAACCCCUCUAACUUUCCUUAUCAGUCAUUUCCGUAUCCCCUGCCUUUGUCUUGACCGGCUUGCACAACCCGCCGAAGUGUUGGUUCACGUCGGAGGUCAUGUCGCACAGCCAUGUCACUAACCCAAACGUCUCCCUCAUUUGCUCACAAACCUUUGAUCA